AUGCGGCAGAGGUGGAAGAAGUUGGAGAACAAGGUUAAAAAGGGACCUAGGAACCUGCAAAACUUCAUUCCUGCAGACUAUGUCAUUUUUGCCUUUUACAUGUACAUCUUCAAGGACCUCUUAACCUGUGCGCGGCGGGGCGCGGGGCAGCUCCUACGGCACGACGCGCUCUCCCUGCCUCCGGCGGGGCAGCACCGUGCCCGGGACACACCAUCCCUGCUCUCCCCGCUUCUCCGGGCUCCGAGGUCCCGGCGCGGCGGGGGCGGGGGCGGCCCCGGCCCGCCCCGGGGGCGGAUAAAGCGGCGGGGAGGGCUCAGCUCGGUUGCGCUGCUGAUGGUGCCCGGGCUGGGAGCAGAGGGCUGCCCGGAGGGAGAGUACUUCAGUGGAGGUCACUGCUGCGUGCUUUGUCCAGCAGGUACUUACGUUGCUGCCCACUGCAGUACUCCGCAUUCACGAGGAAGAUGUGAGAAUUGCACUGCAGGAGAGAGUUACACUGCCCAUGCGAAUGGCUUGGAAGAAUGCUUAACCUGCAGGCAGUGCAAAGACGAUCAGAUAACUUUGAGAACCUGUACUCUGACACGUGAUACUGAAUGCCAAUGCAAACAAGGGUAUUUCUGCCCUACUGAGGGCUGUGAAAUAUGUCAGAGAAGGAGUACAACGUAUCCAGAAGGGAAAGACACUGUGCAGAACUGCAAUGCUACCACAGGUGUAGGAUGUGACUCACCUGGUCAAGGAGGCUUAGCUAUUGUCGUUGGUCUGACUGUCUUGGUUGUUCUUGUUGUAUUGCUGACCUUUAUAAUUAGAAAGCUGAAGAGUAGAAAAGCUGCUUCAACUGAUAAAGAUGUGGACAAAGGUCUGGAGUCAGAGGGCAGUACUGAAAGCCUGAUUUUACCACGAGACACACCUGCAAAUACCACAGUCAACCUAGAGGAUGAGAACUCUCAUGAGAGCCCAGAGGGCCAAGCCCAAACCAAUGAUAACUUGGAAUUAAAAAACACAUCACCAGAGGAAAACAGUGAUCAGCUUUCUGAGCUGGGCACCACCUCACAUUGCAGCUUAGGGUGCCACAUGGAAAGGUGCUGGAAGAAGAUCACCAACCCUUCACUACCAGCAAAAACUAGGCAGAAUCCUGCUUUUUGUCGGAAUGCCCCACCGAAGGCACGACGCACACACUGUCAAAUACAAGUUAAAGAUCUCUCUCAAAGAGAGCUGAGAGAUACCUUGCAGGUCAUUAUAAAUGAAGUACCACCCAGAAAAUGGAAGCCACUUAUGAGAACUCAGCUGCAGGAAAAUGAUAUUACUAAAAUUAUUUAUGACUUUCCUAAUGAUAGAGAAGAGCAAUGUUAUCAGAUGCUUCUCACCUGGAAAAACACACUGGGAGAAAAACAAGCUAUUAUUAAAUUACUGGAUGAGUUAAGGUAUCUAGAUACCAAGGCUUAUGAUAAUGUAUUGAACACUUUAAAAAGUAAUAACAUUAUAACUAAAUAA